AGCCCUUCUCUGCUCACUCUUUCACCACGUGUCGACUCGUCGACAACGCAGACGGUAGUCGGUACGCACGUUCACGGUGCACGAUAACGCGUAGUUCCACCAGAAGUGCACGAGGUACGACGGGAAUGACGGAGAGGGUGAACGCCAUUGGAACGAGCUUGCGUCUGCUGGCACUGGUCUGGCUGUCCUGCGCCACCAGGUACAAGUUCUCCGCAGUCGCUCAACCGUUACCCUUGGCACCGGACUUCACGUAUGGGGAUCUCGUUGCGGGAGAUCCAGAAAGUCUCAUGCUGCUGAACCGUCUGAAGCAAGUGACGGAGCAGAAGCAUCGAGUAGUCGAGCAGGAGCACGAGAUCACCGACGAGCAGAUAAAUAUCGAGGCGAUGCUGCAGGCGAAAGCGAUGGAACAACAACGCGGUCAGACGGACUACCCUGUGGAGGAAGCGGAACCAGAGCCGGAACCGGAGCCGGAAGCGCUGCCGGUGCCCGCGGCGAUGGUCCACCGCGGUCAGCAGCAGCCGACGUCGGGCAAACGGAAGCCAAACAGCGGCGUCACUUACAUGUCGCUGUGCCACUUCAAGAUCUGCAAUAUGGGACGUAAGAGGCAAUCACACUAGAAACGAGGCGAGUCGCGACAGUUGGAAAAGGCGGGCCGGCAUGACGAGGACCGGGCCGAAGAGGUCUCAUUGUGCUUUAAGAAACACAGUAAAGAUAAAACACAAUAAUAAAACAUAGCUUGCAACGGUGAAUUGAAAAUUGAAGCGAGGAAGAUAGCAAGGACGAGCUCCGCUGGGACUUUAAAGCCUCGAAUAUUCGCGGUUCGAAUUUCUUGACGAGAAAAUCGAUGAAACGUGAGGAAGGAAAGAGAAUGAGAGAAAGGGAGAAGAAAAAAUCAAAAAGAAGGAAUGAAAAAAGAAAGAGAGAAAAGUACACGCAAUUUGCGCUAAAAAAGAAAACAAAAAAGAAAAAUGUGUCCUCAAGCGUGGAAAUUAUCGCUCCUCCUUGCUACCCCUUCGGGACAGUAAUUGUUACCAGUAUUACAAGCGAAUGCGCCAUACGGUGAAUCUAUGUCGUAAAAUUUGCGGCGUGGUAUUUCGAGUCGAAAAGUACGGAAAAAAAUAUGCGACGAUCGCUUUUUCGAGCGCUCCUAUUAACAAGUGUCGAUCCUCAUCAGCCUCUUCCGUUAGCGUUUAACGGGUAUCAUCGGACGCGAGCGAAACGACGAGCCAGCUCCGUGUACAUGUGUAUGUGUGUGUGUGCGUGCGUGUGUGUGUAAACAAGAAAAAAAUUGAAAAAAUUCGCCAAAAUGUCAGAACCGUCCUCGGCUGCCGUGCAGACGCCACUGUCCGACUGGUUCGGACGAGGGAGAAGGUGCGCGAGCUAUGGCUGUCCGACAAUGGGUUUUCAGCGAUAACAAAUAUAUUAGACGAAUCAUAUCGGGCGAAACGGAUAACCAGCGAGAUCACCAACGUGAUAUGCAUUAACAUUUAAAAUUUUCGAGAACGCGCAAAUUGCGAUCGAACUUUUCCGGAUUAUCGGUACGGUCCUAAACAGAAAAAAAUUCCCGUUGAUAAAUUCGAAGUCGAGAACUGUCGAGAGAGAAAAAGCGGAACAAACGACGGAACGUACACGAGACAUGUGGAAAAUUUGCAGUAUAAAGGAAAAAUCGAACACGAAGGCGCGAACGCGGUGCGAUGCACGCGAUAGCGCGAAAUUACGUGUGUACGUCGCAUACGCAGUGACGCACCGCGGGAAAAAUGCCGAUACGUCACGUUUCCGAAUGCGAUAAAUAUUUCAUACUUCGUUGUUCCAAAUAGAUAAACACGGACGAACGGUCAAAUGUGUUUGCGUGUCAACAAUAUUAAUCGCUCGGCAAACGGAUUAGAUACGCAUCAAUGCGAUUCGUAGCGCGUGACCGCGAGAAAAAUCCUUCCAAAAAAAAGGAGAGGAAAAAAGAAAUUGCCGCGCAUCCAAGGAAUAUCGGAAUGCAUCUCCAUAUAACAGAGUCGAAGUUUACCGCUUUACGAUCCCAUGUUCUAUCGCUUAAUUAA